AUGAGCGAUUAAGAAAGGAAUGCGAGUUUUAUAAAAGAGAAAAUUUUUAAUACCAGUCGUUAACUGAUGAAACAAAAGAGGCUCUAAAAAGUUCUGUUUUUAACUUUGCUUAAGAAAAUGUAGUGCUAGAAAAAAUUAAAGAAAAUGUUACUAAUAUUAAUUCAGAUGUUCUUAAUAUUUCAUACUAUAGACUAAAUCGAUGUCGAAAAUUAUUGA